AUGUUGAGUGCGGUUUUAAAAGAUAAUCCUUAUUUAAAAAAAGGAGUAUUGACUGGUAUUUUACGAAUAGCCAAAGCUAAUUUGUUUUCGGGUCUGAAUAAUGUGGAAGAGUAUACUCUCCUCAAUUCCGAAUUUGGGGAAUUUUAUGGCUUUACCCAGAAAGAAGUCAACCAAUUAUUAAAAAGAUUUUUCCCGGGAGUUAAUUAUCGCAAGAUUAAAGAGUGGUAUAAUGGCUACAAUUUCGGCGGGCAAACGGUUUAUAAUCCUUAUUCACUAAUGAGUUAUUUAGCUCGUAAAGACGAGGUUAGUCAACAUUGGACAGAGAGCGGUAGCAUGGAUUUAUUAGAAAAAGCUCUAUUAAACGAUGAAAUUCAAGAGCAAAUUCAGCAAUUAGUAAAGGACAAAACCAUUGUUUCUCCUAUCGAAACCCAAAUUAGUUUUGGUGCUUUUAAACAACCCGAAACCCUUUUUAGUUUAUUGCUUUUCAGUGGUUAUUUAAGUCCCGUGACUAGGUCUGCUCAAACUGAUGCUUAUGAUGAACAAGAAUCUGGCCAGGGCCGAGCGGAUUUAAUUUUAAUCCCUAAAUCUAAACCUCUCCACCAUGCUUUUAUUAUUGAAUAUAAGGCUUGUGAUCGCGAGGAGGAGUUAGAUUUGACUGCCCAGAAAGGCCUAAAACAAAUUAAGAAUAAGAAAUAUAAUGUGAAA